AUGGCUCAGUUGUCAAUUUGGGAGCUUUCGCGUACGUUUAUCAAGAGCUCCGUACGUCGUGAAGCGUUGAAACUGCUGCAUUUGGACACCAAGAAGGAUCCAAUGGCUAACGAUCGCCACAGCAGCUUUCACCCUUUUCAUCUCAACCUCAACAUGCAAGCACGCACUAGCAAGUCGAUGGAUGACGGAAGUCGUUUGCGUAAACUCAUGUCGUUGAGCUAUCUGGGCGGUAAAUUGCGUGGCAUUUUCCAGCGCGAUCUUCGAGACACAAUAAUGUGUGAUGAAGACGAAGCGAUACCGCGUAGAAGCAAGCGCAAUAUUUAUGAUAUUAUCCACCAAAACGACGACACGACGCACUUUGACCACUUGGCCAAGUUUAGUGAUUGCAUGCCCUGCGAUCGUCCUAAGGCUUUAUCUACUAGCGCAUUGAUGCUCGUCGGAAGCAAUGAGCCCAGCAAAGAGCAGCGCUGGUGUACCAACUGUUCUAAAGGAUUUCAACGUGGUCUCAGUCGCUUUGAUCAGUACUGUGGGCUGGACUGCAAGACAGCGCAUCGCAUGCGUCAAGCCUCCCACUAUCUCACUCCUCAAUCACCAUCUUUAGUAUCAGAAGAGAUGAUUGCCGUGCGGGCAGCGGCACUGCGUCCACCGCCGCGCUAUACGAUUCGAUCUGCCACCACUUAG